AUGUCCAGUACAGAUUCCCUUACAAAUACAGAUGAAAAGACUAUUAUGGGCCCUCAUGGAAUCAAUCGAGCUGUUCACCGCAUUUCUUUUUCUGAUUGUCAGAAUGGAUUAGGAGUUAAAAUUAUUGGAGGUUAUCGGGCCCAAACAGCAGAAGAUUAUGGGAUUUUCAUCAAGAGAAUUCUACCUGGGGGGGUUGCUGCUGUAGAUAGCCGUUUGCUCACUGGGGACCUAAUUUUGGAUGUCAAUGGAGAAAACUUAAUUGGAGUAACAAAUGAAAAGGCAGUUGACAUCCUGAGAACAGCAUCAGCAUCAAAUCACAUGUCUCUGCUGGUUGCCAGAGAUGAAGAAGCAAAGAAAGAAUUUCAUGACCUGAUGGAUAAAUAUGGCUCUCACAGUGGCACCAGUUCUUCAAGAAGUUCUCCAACACCACUACCAGCUGCAAAGAAGGGCAGCUCUUCUACAGACAGCUCUUCUUCUGCCUCUUCCUCAAGGUCACAGAGUCCUCAGCUGCAUCCAAAGGAUAAUAUCAUGACCGUCAACAGAAACAAUUCUGUCCCAGCACCAUCCCCAAAGCUUGCAAAGGAUAGUGCAUUUCAGAUCAUCUCUGUUUGCAAAGGAACAAGCCUAGGUUUGAAUAUUGUAGGAGGAAUUAACAGAAAUGAAGGGCCUUUGGUAUAUAUUCAAGACAUUAUCCCUGGUAGUGACUGUGAUAAGGAUGGACGAUUGAAGCCUGGAGAUCAACUUGUAUCCAUAAACAAAGAGUCAAUGAUUGGUGUCUCCUAUGAAGAGGCAAAAAGUAUAAUCAACAGAACAACAACAAGGUUUGAAAGCUUUUGGGAGAUAGCUUUUAUUAGGCAAAAAAAUUCUCCCAGUUUUUCAGAGAAUCUGCAACGCCCUUUCAGUCUCUUAAGAUCUCCUGUGGCACAUGGAGAGCAACAGGCUGCAGUACUUAGUCCUCUUGCAUCUCCUAAUGGGAAGCUUGUUUCAAUGUACACUCCAAGUGCUAUGGAAACUGGAGUCAAGAUGGGAGAGCCAUCUCCAACUCUAGACAGCAGUCCUGCUGAUGUGUCUGCCAAAGCUAUUGCCUCCAGCCAGAGUGAUGAUUAUGAGCUGCAAGGAAAGAACUCCACUAUUUGUCUCAAAGCAGAAAAGCUGGAGAGGGCAUUGAAAUAUCUUGGGAUUCAGCUCACAGACGACCAGCAGCAAGCCCUAAGGCAACAACUUCAGAAAGAUUCUAAAGGAACAGUGUCUUUUGAAGAUUUUACUGAAGUUUCAAGACAUCUGUUCUCUAUGCAAUUGAAUUCAGCAGAUGGUGACCAAAAAUAUGCAACAUUUGGGAUCAAGGAAGUUGCCAGUUUACUGGAUUCACAGUUUGUAACCUGUGAUUCUUUGGAGAAUGACAUGGAAAGACUUAAGAAAGAAAGAAAUGAAGCUUUAAAAGAAAUGAGUAAAUUAAAGGAAAAAUUGUCUGAAUCUGUGAAUUUAAAGAAACAGUUAACAGAGGAGCUACAAAUAGUCAAGCAAGAAGCCAAGGCAGCUGUAGAAGAGACAAGAGCCCUGCGAAGCAGGAUUCAUCUUGCAGAAGCUGCUCAAAGGCAGGCUCGUGGAAUGGAGAUGGACUAUGAAGAAGUAAUUCGUCUGUUAGAAGCUGAAAUUGUGGAGCUGAAGGCUCAGCUCACAGAUCAUUCUGGCCAAAAUAAAGAUAACAUCCAGGACUUGAGAAAAAGAGUUACAGUGCUGGACUGCCAGCUGCGGAAAUCAGAAUCAGCUCGGAAGACCUUUGAGGUGGCUACUGAGAAACUGCUACAGUUUGUAGAGGUUGUGCAUGAAAUACUUUCAGAGAAUUCUGCUUCCUCGACAGUUUUAAGUGACAGAAGAACAACAUUGUCUACUAAAGCACUUCUCGCACGGUUGGGAAGGAUUGGACCUACUGCCACAACAGCUCUUGCAGCAGAAGCCAGAGACCUUGCCAAGUCUGUCCGUGCCAUUUUGGAAGUAGACUGUCUGCCUUAUGGAUGGGAAGAAGCUUAUACAGCAGAUGGAAUCAAAUACUUCAUCAACCAUGUGACACAGACGACGUCCUGGAUCCAUCCCGUAACAAGUGCCCUAAGCUUGCUUUGCUCUGAGGAUGAUGAGGAUGGAAUAAGAGAACUUCCUGGGUCCAAGAGCUGA